AUGCCAACCACGCAAUGUCCUCACCAGCACCAGCACCACCUGUCGCACACCAAACGCAAAGUAAACCCAAUUCCAGCGCUUCAAAUGCAUCGCCAACAUACAUCCAAUACGAUGCCUCAAAAGAAGAGCAAUACCUACCCGCCAUCCGGCAACUCAUUUCCAAAGAUCUUUCGGAGCCUUAUAGUAUAUACGUCUACCGGUAUUUCUUGUAUCAAUGGGGUGAUUUGUGCUACAUGGCACUCACUCCCACUAUAACCCCUGCCCUAAUCGGCGUAAUAACAUGUAAACUGGAACCCCACCGUUCGGGAACCUACCGCGGCUACAUCGCCAUGCUUGCAACACAAGAAGAAUACAGGGGACGAGGUAUAGCCACACAGCUAGUCAGACUAGCCAUUGAAGCCAUGACAGCUCGCGACGCAGAUGAGAUAGUGCUGGAGACGGAGGUGUCGAAUACGGCGAGUUUGAAGCUGUAUGAGCGUCUGGGGUUCAUACGGAGUAAGCGGCUGCAUCGGUAUUAUUUGAAUGGCAAUGCGGCGUUUAGGUUGAUCCUCUAUUUGAAGGAGGGGACGGCGUUGAAGAGGCCGGAUAUGCUGGGUGGUGGUGAUGGGCAUGGGGCGGUAGAGAUGCAUCAACAUGAUAUGAGGAGAGUGGAUGAGGCAGACAUGUAUUCAUAAGCUUGGGAAAGAGAGGAACAGAGAGCGUAAGCCAAUCUUUGGCACGAACCGGAUAGUAUUUGU